GGCUGCAUCCCAGCUGUACUGACAUGCAGCAGACUCGUCUAACCAAGAGGCUUUUUUUUUUCGCUAGCUCAUCCACCCAUCAUGCCAGCAAUAUACACUCUGUCUCCCGAGCAGCUUGCGUCAUACCACUCGCAGGGGUUCCUCAAGAUCACCGACCUCAUCACACCGGACGAGGCCGCUCAGCUUGUCUCUUCAGUGCGCGAGAUCCAGUCAUGGCCGGACACGCCAGGCAAAUGGAUGAACUACUACGAGGUCAAUAAGAAGACCGGCGAGCGGCAGCUGUGCCGCACGGAAAAUUUCACCCCUUACCACGACUUUGUACGCGAAACGGUCACCGGCCCGCGCAUCAUGUCGAUACUUGAGCAGCUUUCCGGCGAGCCGUACGUUUUGUUCAAGGAGAAAAUCAACGCCAAGCUCCCCGGCGGCGGGGCAUUCCCUGCGCACCAGGACGCGCCCAGCGUCAACCAUGUCACGGUGCUAUUCACUGUUGAUGGAUCGUACAUUGAGAAUGGGUGUCUGUAUGCAGUGCCCGGGAGCCACAAGGAUGGCGUGCUGCCGCAGGAGGCGGACGGGUCGAUUAGCAGGAAAUGGUGCGAUGAGCAUGAAUGGGUCCCGAUUGAGUGCAAUUCUGGCGAUAUCUUGAUUUUUGGAUCGUACAUUGCACAUCGGUCGGCGGACAACAUGUCUGAUACAAACCGUGCUAAUCUCUACAUGACAUACAACCGAGCCAGCGAGGGAUAUAAGCGUGACGAGUACUACCAGGACAAGCGUGUCAGGUUCCCUCCUGAGUAUGAGCGCAUCGACGGUGCAGACUACAGCGAUGGUGCCAAGAUUUACAACCUUGCAACUCCAAUCGUCUAACAGCCUAAUUAUUUUCCUUUCGCCUCAGGCUUCAUGCCUAGAAAUAAAUCAUGAUGUUCAGUUUG